AUGGCGCGAGCGAGCGGUGAGCUUCGGGGAGCUUCGGAACUGCUCGGGCGCGGCCGGGCUUCCCUCGAGAACUGCGGGCGGGAGAGGCGGGAGGCAGUCCCCGCCGCCAUGUCGCCGCUGCUGGUCGUGUUGAUGCUGGCGGGAGCCGCCGCUGCCGCCGGGGAGGCGCUGUGCGACGGCCUGCCUUGCGACAUGGACCCCGAGCUGCGGCGGCGCGUACAGCAGGUGGCGCGCGACUACGAGCGAGAGCUGCGCGAGAGGAACAACACGGGCGUCUGCGGCACCGAGACCAUACCCCGUCCAACUUCUCGUGAUGUGCGGAAUGACAGCCUUAAUGGAAUUAUUGCCGCAAAUGAGACGGGGACGGUGCGCGAGUACGUGACGGUCCCGUACUGCUGCCCUGGCUACCGCAGGAGCCGCAGCGACCGGUGCGCGCCCGUCUGCCCGGGGCCCUGCCUGCACGGGAACUGCGCCAGCCCGGGCAACUGCAGCUGCCACCGGAGCCACGCGCUCGACCGCAGCGGCAGCUGCGUGCCCACCUGCCCGCGCUCCUGCCUCAACGGCCGCUGCACCGCCGGCAGCGACACCUGCCUCUGCAACCCGGGCUACUCCGCCGACGGCAAGAUCUGCGCGCCCGUCUGCGAGGGCGGCUGCGCCAACGGCAACUGCACCGCCCCUGGUGUCUGCAAGUGCAAUGCAGGCCAUGCCAAGGACGCGGAAGGGAAGUGUGCUCCUGUCUGCCGGGGAGGCUGUGUGAACGCGGCCUGCACGGCGCCCGACACCUGCAGCUGCCUGGACGGCCACGCCAAGAGGAACAAGGAUCCCAGCAGCAGGAUCUGCGACCCGCAGUGCGCUCCGCCCUGCGAGCACGGCACCUGCACGGCGCCCAACACCUGCAGCUGCCGGCCGGGCUACAAGAAGGACCGCAGGGCGGCGCACAGAUGCCGCCCGACCUGCGCCAAGGCCUGCGUGAACGCCGUCUGCGUCGCCCCGGACACGUGCGCCUGCAAGAAGGGGUACGCUAGCGGCGCGACCAAUGUCACGUGUGUGCCGCUGUGCCCCGGUGGGUGCGUGAAUGGCGCGUGCACCGCCCCGGGCGAGUGCACCUGCGACCCGGGCUACGCCAAGGACACGCGUGGCAACGCCUCCUCCAAUGCCUGCCUGCCCACCUGCGCCGCGGGCUGUGUGAAUGGGGAGUGCACAGGCAGGGACGUAUGCACCUGCCACGCGGGGUACAAGAAGGACCCCGCGACGCGGGAGGGGAACCGGUGCGUGCCCGACUGCCCGGGUGGCUGCGGCGCCGGGGGCAGCUGCGUGGCCCCGGGCGCCUGCGCCUGCCUGCCGGGCCACGCCAGAGACGACCGCACGGGAGGGUGCGUUCCCGCCUGCGACCCGCCCUGCGUGCAUGGGGAGUGCACGGCGCCCGGCACGUGCGCCUGCCGGCCCGGCUACUCGGGCCCGCAGUGCGCCCCGGUCUGCGAGCCGGCGUGCGUAAACGCCGUGUGCUCGUCGCCCAACCUCUGCCUCUGCCUGCCGGGCCACGUCAAGGACCGCUCCAGCCGGGCCCGCAACAAGUGCGUGAGGCGCCUCUGAGCCCCGAGCCGACGCUUCUUUGUACCAUGAGCUUACCUAACCAAUAAACAACAUGUAUACA